AUGCCUGGCCGUCUUCUCUCGAGCCUUGUUCGCUCUACGUCGCCAUCUUCGGCGUGGACGCACUCGAAUUCCUCCUCGACUUCGUCGGUCAACGAGAUUGCUUCCUCGAAGAGGAAUUCGUUGCAUCUGCAUCCAGAUGGCAGCCAUGAGUCCUCCGAACGCCGGCUGUCCUUCUCCAUGGAUCACAUCAUCCACCCGAACAAAGAAAAGCGGCUCAGUCUUGGACGGUCAUCCCGCUCCAAAGAUCGUUCGGGCUCCAAGGAGGAUUCUCGUGCCUCCGGGGCAAAGCUGGACAUGAUUAUCGAAUCACCCCCUCUCGUCUUCUACGGCACUCCGGCCAACUCGAGCGGUGCACUGUUCUCGGGGCGCCUCCGCGUCGCGGUGCCCGAAUCGGCGGGAGUGAUCACGCUGGAUAAGUUCGACAUGCAUCUCACAUUGAGCAUUACCACCAAAAAGCCCAUUUCCAGAGACUGCCGCAAUUGCUCCACCCGGACGAACGACCUGUGCUACUGGGACUUCCUGACGGAGCCCAUCCACCUGAAGCCCGGCGACCACGACUUCCCAUUCAGCUAUCUGUUCCCUGGCAACCUCCCCGCAAGUGCGCAGGGAUCGCUCGGAACCGUUGAGUAUUCGCUGUCCGCUCGAGCUAUCUUGUCCACGGGCGAAGAGAUUACCAUGAAGACCCCGCUCACGAUCCAGCGCGCCAUCCUGCCGGGCAAUGACCGAUCUUCGGUGCGCAUCUUCCCUCCCACGAAUCUGACAGGUCGUGUUGUGUUGCCCUCCGUCGUUCACCCCAUUGGGUCUUUCCCGGUGCAGAUGACGCUCAGCGGCAUCGUGGAAAAGGGCGAAGAAUCUCAGACUCGAUGGCGACUGCGGAAGAUGAUGUGGCGGAUCGAAGAACACCAGAAGAUUGUGUCGACUGCCUGCGCGAAACAUGCCCACAAGAUCGGAGGUGAGGGCAAGGGCGUUCUGCACCAGGAGACCCGCAUUAUCGGUCACAACGAGGAAAAGAGCGGGUGGAAGACGGAUUUCGAUACUGCCGGAGGAGAGAUCAACAUGGAAUUCGAAGCGUGCAUCAAGCCAGGAAGCAAGCCCGUGUGUGAUCUCGAGACGCCGGGUGGCCUGGAAGUGAAGCACAACCUGGUCAUCGAGCUGAUUGUCGCGGAGGAAUUCUGUCCGAACAAGAAUACGAAACUCAUCACGCCCACCGGGGCCGCUCGUGUUCUGAGGAUGCAAUUCAACCUGCUCGUGACGGAACGGAGCGGACUGGGCAUCAGCUGGGACGAGGAGAUGCCGCCCAUGUACAACGAUGUUCCAGCCAGCCCACCGGGAUACUCGGCGAUCGACCCGAAUUGCGCGAUGGAGGAUUAUAAUGGCUCGCCGCUGCCACCACUCCCGCAAUACGAGGAAUUGGAGCGGAUGGACUGCUUCCGGCUCGAGUCGAAUUCCAAAACCAAUGACAGUUCGCAGCCAUCCGGUAGAAACGACGAGAGUCAGCAGCUCACCCGGCAACAGACACGACUGACCGUCGACGAUCUAACCGCGGAGCCUCCAAUGAUGGAAUCCCGCAGUCGCGCACCACCAGACGAGAACAAUACUGCCGAGGCACCUGAACCAGGCAGCAUGCAGUAA